AUAUUUGAAGGUGCUUUUGCACCUUUUACUACCGUCACAGACCUGUCAGAUUAGCAAGAAAAAUAGCCGUUUCAAGUUUAAAAUACAAAGCAUUGUCGUUCCCAUCGGCUCUGUAACAAAGAGAGCUGAAAAAAGAAGAAAAAGAAUGGGAAGAUUCAAAACAAAAUCCGAUUACGAAGAACUCAGAAAAGCUCGCAUCUUGGAAAAUCAGGCGCGCUUGGCUACUUUGGGGCUUCAAAAAACCUUGCCGGAGCUGCGGUCUCUCAAUUCAUCGCCGAAAUCUGAGAAACCCCACAGUAGAAAUUACUGCAAAGUCGAUCGCAGCGCCACCCCUUUACGGCGUUCAUCUCGAUUGACAGGAAUUUCGCCGCCAUCGGAAGGCGAUGCGAAAUCCGAUUACGAAGAACUGAGAAAAGCUCGCAUCUUGGAAAAUCAGGCGCGGUUGGCUACUUUGGGGCUUCAAGAAACGUUGUCGGAACUGCGGUCUCUGAAUUCGUUGCCGAAAUCCGAGAAAAUCCACAAAAGAAAAUACUGCAAAGUCGAUCGCAGCGCCACCCCUUUACGGCGAUCAGCUCGAUUGACAGGAAAAUCGCCGCCAUCAGAAAGCGGGAAUUUGAGCUACUCGGGAGGUAGUAAUGGCGGUGAAAUUGGUGGUGCAAAGAGGCGUUUGAGACUGAGUAAGAUUUCGGAAGAAGAUUUGAGGCGGCGGUGCGAGUGCAAGGCGAGAGGGAGCUUGUAUGAUCCGGUUUAUGGUAUCUGCUGCCAUUUCUGCAGGCAAAAGAAGCUCUGUGGCGAAGAAGAUUGCAAACGCUGUGGUGAUCGGGACAUGGAUCAACCAUGCAUAGGCAAAACAGAUUGUUCGGUGUGCCACUCUAGCAACGGUAUCCUUUGUCGAGCCUGCCUCAAGGUCAGGUAUGGUGAAGAAAUGGAGGAAGUGAGAAUGAAUAAAGAAUGGAUGUGCCCUCAUUGCAUAGAAGAGAAGGGAAGCAUUCCUUACUGGAUAUGCAACAGCUCAUUCUGUAUGAAGAAGAGGAAGAUGGUUCCUACUGGAAUUGCCAUAUAUAGAGCAAGAGAGAUGGGAUACAAAUCUGUGGCACAUUUGUUGAUGGAUGAGCUUUCAAAGAGGAGAUAGAAGAAGAUGUUUUGCACAAAGCAAUACCACAUUUAAUCUCAUUGUGGUGGUUUUGAACGUGUCUGAAUUGUAUCAACUUCUCUAACACUAGAGGUAGUGUAAACAGUUAACGUUGUAUGCCUUAUUUUGACAAGUUCAUUAACAUAAGACUUAUUUUGUAAAUUCAUUAACAUAAGACUUAUUUUGAGAAACAUUCGGAAUUUAUUAUUCA